AUAUAAGCUAAUAAAUAAACUCUUUCUGUCAUCACUGAACACUGAAAAACACUUAAAAGUUAUUACAAUUCAACUCUAGUCAAGAACAAUCAAUGGAGCCAACAGAUGUUGCAGUCUCUGAAAACCAACACCUCUCUGCUGACCCUUUGCCUUUUGCAAGAAGUUAUCAGUUGGAAGCCCUUGAGAUUGCAUUAAAGCAGAACACAAUUGUUUACUUGGAGACCGGUUCUGGAAAGACCUUGAUUGCAAUUAUGCUUCUUAGAAGCUAUGCUUACCUUCUUCGAAAGCCUUCUCCGUACAUAGCUGUUUUCUUGGUCCCGACUGUUGUUCUAGUGACUCAGCAAGGAGAUGCUCUGAUGAUGCAUACCGACUUAAAAGUGGGCAAAUAUUGUGGAAAAAUGGGUGUUGAUUAUUGGAAUGCAGCUACGUGGCAACAACAAGUGGACGAUCAUGAGGUACUUGUUAUGAUACCGGCAAUACUACAUGCUGCUUUGAGGCACAGCUUUUUACAAAUGGACAUGAUAAAAGUUAUAAUAUUUGAUGAGUGUCACAAUGCACGAGGCAAGCACCCCUAUGCCAGCAUAAUGAUGGAAUUUUAUCAUCACCAGUUAACCCGUGAGAACGCACAACUUCCAAGAAUAUUUGGAAUGACUGCUUCCCCUAUAAAGUCUAAAGCUUCUAGCACGGCAGAUAGUUAUUGGCAAAAGAUUCGUGACCUCGAGAAUCUCAUGCAUUCCAAGGUAUACACGUGUAGCAGUGAAUCUGUUCUGGCGGAAUAUAUCCCAUUUUCAAAUCCAAAGCUGAAAAUAUAUGAACAUGUGGAUAUUCCUUGCACAUUGUUUCAUACAUUAGUUCAUGACCUGGAAAGGUUGAAAGAAAAGCAUGAAUGUUCUAUUUCACAGUCAAAUCUGUCUUUUAUGAGAGAUGGAUCUGCAAGAAGACGUUUAUCAAAACUUCAUUCGGAUUUCUUAUUUUGUUUGAGUGAGAUGGGUGCUUGGCUGGCUUUCAAGUCCUGUGAAGAAAAUGAUCUCUGUUCGUCGGACGAUGCAUGUGUUAGAGAUUUCUGCUUGACUGCAUCUAAGAUUUUCUCGGCUCGCUUACCUUCUGGACCACAUUGGUCAAUUGGAGGUGAUAUUCAGGCUAAUGUGGAUGCUGGAUAUUUGUCAUCCAAAGUUAAUUGUCUUCUAGAGUCUCUUCUCGAGUACAGGGACCGACAGAAUUUAAGAUGCAUCAUAUUUGUUGAGAGAAUUAUUACAGCCAUUGUUCUUCAGUCUCUAUUGAAUGAGUUGCUUCCGGAACGAAGUGGUUGGAGAACUGAGGUCACAACAGGGCGUAUUUCUAUGGUCAAACAAAAUAAAAUUGUUGAAGAAUUUCGCAAGGGGUUGGUGAACAUUAUUGUAGCGACAUCGAUUCUUGAAGAGGGCUUGGAUGUUCAAAGUUGCAACCUCGUCAUUAGAUUUGAUCCCUCAACUACUAUUUGUAGCUUUAUACAAUCACGUGGAAGAGCUCGAAUGCAAAACUCCGACUUUCUUCUGAUGGUCAGAAAAGGAGAUGAUGCAACCCUUACUCGCAUGCAGAACUAUAUGGCUAGUGGGGAGAUAAUGCGGCAAGAAUCAUUACUCUAUGCUUCUAUUCCGUGCUCACUUCUAUAUGAUGAAUUGCAUGAUGAGCCUUGCUACAAAGUUGAAAGCACAGGAGCAGUUGUCACCCUCAGUUCUAGCGUGUCAUUGCUAUACUUCUAUUGCUCAAGGCUACCGUCGGAUGGGUACUUUAAACUCAAUCCUACGUGUGAGAUAGAUGAGGAAACAGGAACCUGCACGCUACAACUUCCCAAAAGCUCGCCACUGCAAGGAAUUAUUAGCGUACAGGGGGAUAGAAAAAUAUUGAAGCAACUUGCAUGCCUGGAAGCUUGUAAAAAACUUCAUCAUGUGGGUGCCUUGACUGACAAUCUUGUUCCUGAUAUCGUGGAGGAAGAAACCAUCAACAAAGAAUUGGAAUGUAAAAUAAAAAUUGUUGAAGAAUCAUUAUACUAUCCAUCAGAAUUUGUUAGUCAUUGCGGCAAUGAGUCAGAAGCAGUGUACUACUGCUACCUAGUUGAGUUGCAACAUGACUCUUACAACGAUUUCCAGCUUCAUGGGAUUAUACUUGCUGUUAGGACAAAGCUCAAGUGUGAUGAUGAAAUAUUGGCAUUUGACUUGGACAUUGAUAGGAGGGGACGCUUGCAAGUUCAACUUAAUUAUAGUAAAGUUGUUACACUUACUGCUGAAGAGAUUCGACGGUGUCAGAGGUUUCAAGUCAGUGUCUUCAGAGUUCUUCGUGACCGUGAUCUGAGUAAACUGCAGGAUGUUUUGGCUGCUGUUCAAUCACCUAUUGGUUCUGCAGUUUCCGAUUAUCUGUUGCUCCCAUCUGUGGGUACACCCCCUGAGAUAAAUUGGAAAUGUGUGAAUUUUUUGCUGUUUCAGUCUCAAGUUCUUGGGGAUAAGCAUAUGGAUUGGUGUUCUACUCAAGGUCGCAAACGCAAUGUGAACACCAUAACUGGGGUGGUAUGUAGCUGCAUGUUGGAGAACUCAUUAGUAUGUACACCUCAUAGUGGGAAUAUAUACUGCAUAAACGGUUUUUUGGAUAAUUUGGAUUGCAACUCAUUAAUGGGUGUGAGAACUGAAGAAUCUAUUACCUACAGAGAACACUUCAAAAAGCGGUAUGGGAUCAACAUAUGCUUUGAAGAAGAACCACUUCUUAGGGGAAAACAUAUUUCUAAGGAAGCUAAAGAUUCAUCUGUCGAAUUGCCUCCUGAACUUUGUUCCCUCAUCAUGUCACCUCUCUCUAUUUCUACCCUUAAUACCUAUUCAUAUGUUCCUUUGAUUAUGCAUCGUAUUGAGUCCUUGAUUAUGGCCUCGAAGUUGAAAAGAAUGCAUUUGGAUCACUGCACACUGAAUGUUCUUAUUCCAACCGCCAAGAUUUUGGAAGCAAUGACAACGAAGAAAUGCCUCGAGAAGUUUCAUUUGGAAUCACUUGAGACACUUGGAGACUCUUUUCUCAAAUAUGCUGCCAGUAUACAGCUGUUCAAGACUUAUGAAAAUGAUCAUCAGGGUCUUCUCACCGUUAAGAGAAAACAAAGCAUUUCCAAUGCUGCACUAUGCAAGCUUGGAUGUGCUCGUAAAAUACCGGGAUUUAUCCGUAAUGAACCAUUCAAUCUUAAGGCAUGGAUCAUUCCUGGUAAUAAUUCUCAAGUUCACAGCUUCGACGAAGAGUUCCUAACGUCCUCAGAUAAAAUGUAUAGUAGGGUAAAACAGAAGAUUAAAAGUAAGAGAGUGGCUGAUGUGGUCGAGGCACUAAUAGGUGCCUACCUCAGCUCGGGUGGGGAAGUAGCCGCUUUAUCAUUUAUGAAAUGGCUUGGGGUGGACAUCAAUUUUGUUGAUGCACCUAUGUCAAGGCACUUUCCCAUGAAUGCUGAGAAGCUAGUUAAUGUCAGAUACUUGGAAUCCCUGCUGCAUUACAAGUUCAAUGAUCCUUCUCUGCUUGUUGAAGCACUAACUCAUGGAUCUUACAUGCUACCUGAGAUUCCACGAAGCUAUCAGCGCUUGGAAUUUCUUGGAGAUGCAGUGCUAGAUUAUGUUGUUACAACACAUCUCUAUUUCAAAUAUCAGGGACUGACUCCAGGACUAAUUACUGAUUUGAGGUCUGCCUCCGUAAACAAUGAAUGUUAUGCUCUAUCUGCAGUUAAGGCUUGCCUGCACAAGCACAUUCUUCAUGACUCGCAAGAUCUGCUAAGGCAUAUAUUUAGUACUGUUGAGGAUUUCGAGAAAUUGGACCUUGUGUCCACAUUCGGAUGGGAGGUUGAAGCUGCUUUCCCAAAGGUGCUUGCAGAUGUUAUUGAGUCCCUUGCUGGUGCGAUCUUUGUUGAUUCUGGUUUCAACAAAGACACUGCAUUUCAGAGCAUAAGCCCUCUUUUGGAACCGUUGAUUACACCUCAAACACUGAAACUCCAUCCAGCAAGAGAGUUAAAUGAACUAUGUGCCCAGAAAGGUUAUAUAAAGAAGAAGAAUGUCGACUUUCGUGAGAAUGGUAUAGUAUAUAUUACAGUAGAGGUUGAAGCAAAUGGUGCUAUUCACAAGGACACACACUCGGGACGAAACGAAAAAAUGGCCAAGAAGGUGGCUAGCAAAAAAGUGCUCAAGUCUCUCAAAGAAUAUCCAUACAAUGCAUAGCAAUAGUUGUUUCUUUCUGCUACUUCAGUUGACAAAAUUUUAGGAUAUUUGUUUUGAUUCUCAGUUUUAAAAAUUGGGAAAAAGGACAAAUAUACCUAUGUGCCCCUGCCCCUGCCGUCCAAAAAUUAGAGCAUAUAUAUCUUUCACUCUAACAGAAGAUCAAAUAGGGACACCUGGCGCAAUCUUAUCCGUCGAUCUGAUAUUUAAUAAAUAUUGGAUCGGUGAAUAAGAUUAUGACACGUGUAUGUUUGUUAGUAUAAAGAGUAUAUAUGUUUUAGUUUUUGGACGACAGGAACAUCAAAUGUCCAAAAGUAUGACGGAGGGUAUCUGGAUAUCAUUUAUGAUAGUACGAGAGUAUAUUUGUCAUUUUUCCUUUAAAACUUUAUUGUAAUGUACUAUUGGAUUAAUUGUUAUUAAUAAAAAUGCUCAUUUUUUGUACCAGUAAGAA